AACGGGAAACAAGAUGGCGGCGGCAGGUCCGAGUACUCGGGCCUCUUCCGCGGCGGCAGCGGCAGCUCUCAGUCGGCGGGGCCGACGGGGCCGCUGUGACGAGAUGGCGGCAGCCAAGACUGGGGCCCCGGGCGCAGCCUCUGGCCCCGCGCUGCUGGUAUUGCCGCCACCGCUGCUGCAGCCGCCGCCACCGCCGCGGCCGGAGGAGUCGGGCUGCGCCGGGUGCUUGGAGACCCCGGGGGAAGCGGCGGCCCUGCCGUGCGGCCACUCGCUGUGCCGAGGCUGCGCCCAGCGCGCCGCCGACGCAGCGGGCCCGGGUUGCCCGCGCUGCCGAGCCCGCGGUCCCGGUUGGGCCCGCCGUCGGGCCCGCGACGACGGCCAGGCCGACGCGGAGGUGCAGGGCGAGCGCGCCCGCCGCGGCCAGCCCGAGCGCUGCCGCCCGCGCCGGGACGGGGGCGCGGCCGCCGCGGGGCCCAGGCCGGAGCAGGAGCCGCGCGCCGCGGCCGCAGAGCCAGAGUUUAUAUUCAGAGCACCAAUCAAGUUAAGCAAGCCUGGAGAACUUCGUGAGGAAUAUGAAAGCCUGAGAAAGCUGAGAGAGGAGAAGUUACAAGAGGAGAAAACCUCUGAAGAUCAAAUCCACAAGCUGUUAUCGGAGGAUACGGAAACAGGGAAAAGGAAAAUGGAUGACCAGAAAAAGAGAGAUGAGCCAUUAGUACUGAAGACAGAUCUGGAACAUUGUCCUGCGCGCCUCUCAGAUUCAGAGAACGAAGAACCUUCCCGAGGAAAGAUGACACAGACCCAUCGCUCGGCAUUUGUUUCCAAGAACAACUCCUACUCCUUAGCUUUCCUGGCAGGGAACCUAAAUUCCAAGGUGGAGAGGAGUCAGAGCUGCAGUGACACUGCUCAAGACAGAGUGAAGAGCAGACUCAGAGCAGCCCCGACCAGCAAAACCAAGGUUACGGCUCUGACCCCAGCCUCCAACCCCAUCAUCGGCGUCCUCCUGUCCACCCAGAACAAUCGUUGCCUCUCCGCCCCUGACUUAACGGUGGAAAAACGUCUCCCCUUCAGCUCCCUCUCAUCCUUGGCUUCUCUGCAUAAGCCAGAACGCUCCAUCAGUCCGGAGAGCAAUGAUAGUAUCUCCGAGGAACUAAACCAUUUCAAGCCCAUUGUCUGCUCACCGUGUACUCCUCCCAAGAGACUCCCCGAUGGCCGAGUGCUCAGUCCCCUCAUCAUCAAAUCAACACCCCGCAACCUCAACAGAAGCCUGCAGAAGCAGACUUCUUACGAGGCUAGUCCAAGGAUCCUCAAAAAGUGGGAACAGAUCUUUCAGGAGCGGCAGAUCAAAAAGACCCUUUCGAAAGCCACCCUCACCUCCCUGGCUCCAGAAACAGGGGAAGACUUAGUAGUGUCUGAGGUGACCCAUUCUAGCAAGGAAAAGCCACCUCUGGCUUUACAGGCGAGACUGGCCGGGGGCCAGGCCCUCUCUGAGUGGGCCGGACCCACCCCCACCGACCUCGAUUAUGUCCCCUCCAUUAGCCAAACUAAAGCCGAACAGGGCAGCGAGAGUAAAAGGAGCUCUGAGAUCCCGUCGGAAACGUGCUGCUCUUCAGAGCCCCGAGUGGGAGCCAGUGGGACUUCUUUGGAGAGAGAGCAGGAGGAAGGGCCAGGGCCCACCCCAGACGCCAAGUUAGACAAAACCUGUAUGAGCACAACCGUGAACAUCCCAGUGGCUAAUUCAGUGCUGCCCAAAAAUAGUGUUCUGGGGGGGGUCCUCAAAACAAAGAAGCAGCUGAAGACGGCGAAUCAUUUUGAUUUGCCCAAUGGUGUGCUGGCGGACAGCCUAGGUGAGGAGCCGCUUCCUUCCUUGCGCCGGGGCCGGAAAAGGCACUGUAAGACCAAGCACUUGGAACAAAACGGCUCCCUUAAGAAGCUGCGGCAAAGCGGUGGGGAGGCGGGCCCGGCCUCCCGGGCCCCGGGCCUGCGGGAGAUGGAGCAGAAGCUGCAGCAGGAGGAGGAGGACCGGCGGCUGGCUCUGCAGCUGCAGCGCAUGUUCGACAACGAGAGGCGGACCGGGAGUCGGCGGAAAGGAAGCGUGGAUCAGUAUCUCCUACGGUCCAGCAAUGUGGCCGGGGCCAAGUAGCGCCCCAGGAACAUGUGGCCUGUUUUUAAGAAGUCUGUGGGCCUGAUCAUUUAUCUUGAAGAGCUGAGUGUUCUCACUUUGGGUUUCUUUUCAUGGCAAAACACUGUCUGCUAUGGUUCUGAGAGGUUCCAGGGCCUUUGUGGUCUCUGUCCAAGGGCCCUGUGUCUCUGCCUCCCGGUGACCGCGGCCAGAAGCACUCCUCACCCCUAAGUGACCCACCCCUGAGGGCGUCUGGGCCAAGUCUGGCAGCACCCACUUGGAAUGAGAUUCAGGAGCACAGGGGCCAGAGUUAGAGAUGGUAGAGGAGACGGAGGAUACCUUCUGAAACUGACAGACCUCCUGACUUCUUUCACCAGGGUCUUAUUUUAAAUCAGCCUUGCAGAUAAAAGGGAGUUCCCUCUUUCUCAGAGAAGUGGGUCAGUGUCGCUCUUUGGCAGAUCCAAGAAGAUCAUGUUCCCCCUUCUCCUUACUUGUGCCACAAGUAAAUAUACCUAAUGAAAUCAGUUGAGUUUACCCUCCUAACAAAAGUUAAUUUACCUUCCCUGUGUAAAAAGUAACAUCGGACCAAUGUGCUGUCUAGUCGACAGACCACCUUCACGGUCAGUGUUCAGUUUGGUCUUCCCAGGAGCGCUAACAUGUAAGUGGUAUCAGCGCCGUUUUCGAUGAUGUUGGAACUGCAGGGCAGACGUUCAGGUCCUGUCAUUCACUAAGUGGCGUAGCCCAGACUGACCGUUAGGGCUCCUGACAACAGAUCCCAGAGAUUUUCCACACUAACAGGUUGAACAGGUUGCCGUAAUGGACAGCAACCCAAGGGCAUGCCACGCACGGGAGCCCAGGGAAAGCUGGCUGAGCAUUUGAAUACUGAUUGUGUAAAAUCCAUAGGCAGAUAAUUGAGAUCGAUGGGAACUAUAAAUAAAUACUAUGCAGUUAUCCACCCUGCUCCCCCCCCCACCACCACCUUUACAGUUUACAGCCUUCUGUUUUCUAUGGGGUGGAGGGGGCUUCCGCCCUGUGAGACAAAUUACAGUUGAACUUCGUUAUUACUCUCCACAUGUCCAAGGGUUAUCUGCAACGUUGAUCUAAAAUCCCAGAAAUUUGCCCAGAAGUCAGGCAAGAGCAAUGCUGAAACUCCAUACUAUGGAAACAAGGUAUCUAGCUGGAUGCAGCUGGUAAAUUCAGUCCCAUGGACCUUUGGGGUUUAAUUUCCUUAGGAGCUGACACCAUGUGUCUUUUGCAUCCCUGGUGGUGCUUGGUGCUUCUGCCCGUCUGGGCUCAUUGAGAAUAGGGAUUAAGAGAUGAUUUUAGGGAAUCUCAGAUGGGCUGGCAUUCCCUGUGCAUGUACGAGCUGUUACUAUAAAGUCAUGUGACUGGCGUUUCAACAAAGGUUUUAGAGCUUAUAUAUCCCAGUGUACGUUGUCCCCCUUGAGUGGCUCCAGCAGGAUACUGCAUAGAUUUUCCAAUGAUGUUGCCAUUGGCAAAAACAUUUCUGGAACUGUCCUCAACAUCUAGAAACAUCUAGAAGUAUAGACUCCUAAAAUGUUAGAAUUGGAAGGGACCUUAAUGGUCAUCUUUUCCAACCUCCUCCUCUUACUAAGGCAGAAACUAAGAUCCAGAACGGUGACUCACCUGAUCACUAGGGAUUUACCGUAUCACCUUCUUUUGAUUCCUCUCAGGAGAAUUUUGCCCCCUCUUCUCGGGGCAGAUCUUUACUCUUUUGUGGUUACAGGAGGGAGAAUUUUAAGUCUGAAACUAGUCAGAAGCUGUUCGAAGCCUCUAGAAGAGAAGGUCGGGCCAGAGGGGUUCAGAGUUACAAACGAGUUGUAGCUGUCAAGCAGUCGUUAGUUGGCAUACGGGCCAUUUCCUCGUGCUGCUCAGGAACAGCUCCCGGGGAGAAGUUCCAGAGAUGUCGUAAGCAUUUUGGUCCUCAUUGAGCUAUGUGGGACCUCCUCGGUGACUGCUUUGGUGGGAGGGUCCCUCACUUGAAUGUAUGUGUUCUGUGUUCUGUGUGCACACGUGCAGAUGUGUAUUUAAAACACAUGCAUCCAUGCCAUUCCUCUUUAUUCACACCACUUCGGUUCCAGGCCCUGCCAGCCACACAGGCUUCCACAGGCUGCUGGACGGUCGGUCCCCGGGAUAGCAGAGCCGGUGCUGGUCUGUGGAGGAAGGGGAGGGUGACUCACCGAAGGCCCUUAGAGAACGCCCGAGGUCCUGCCGUUUCCUAGAGCUGCUCGUUGGUCUGAGCGAACAUCCCUGGGAGGCUCGUCUGCUCGGUGGUAGCAAAGAAGCUUCUUUUUUCCACUUGCCAUCUUUCGUCUAGGUCUCCAGUCAUUUAAAAAACACGUUUCAGUUGGAACUGGUUUUUGGUUUUGGAGAAAAGAUAAAUAUUUUUAAUAGAAAAAGAUAUAUAUUUUAAAUAUUUCCCCAAAGUCAUACUUUUGUUUUAAGGAGUUGCAUAGCAGUAGCAAGGAAUUUUAGGUUUGGGUGCAGAGCGCAAAGCUCCCUCCUGUGAAGUGAGUGUUGCAAACGCUGGAUCCAGCUUGCUGACUUUCCCGCUUGCACCUCCUGUUGUGUCUAGAGGGUCCCUGACAGUUGUUCUGCAGACUUCCGGCCAAGCAGUAGUCCUUGCUGUGGAGGCAAAGCAGUUUAGGUUAAGGAGCGACAGGGCUUACCCUCUCAUCUGCUUGGCUUUGGAGGAGGAAAAAACCACUAAGGUAUCAUCUGUAUUUUAAGAUGCUUCCCGUACUUAACUAACACCUGAACACUUUCUCCUUCUGAAAAACGUCUGUGUCCUGUUGCUUGCUUGCUUGCUUGUGAAGUUUAUCACAGAUGGCAUUGUUGACAUGAAUUAUUUGGAGAAAGAGAAAGACAGGAAGGGAAAACAGAGUGAUGGGGAGGGUUGGGGAGGGAGAACGAGAGAGACGCUAGUUCACAAAACAGACAUUUCUCACAAAUCAUUGGAAUCUGAUUCACCAUACAAAUUUCCCAUGUCCUACGAGCUCUGCUCUUUGUGUAUAUGCAUUCUCUGUGUGUGUGGGUUUUGUUUUUUGUUAUUAAAGGGGAAGUUAGGAGAGGUUGGAGGAUGAAGGUCAUUCUGUGGUGCCCUGAGAAGGGGGUUCUCAUAGGGUGGGGAAGAUCUUUGGCAACAUAUUCGUGACCUAUUGAUUGUAUCUGCUGGAAGGAGUCAUCGGGGCCUGUUGGGUCGGUGUCAAAUCAGGGGAUUAAGCACCCAGCCCUUGGACCCUUUCAUAUAAUUGCCUCUUUUUAAAAGGUUAAUUCAUCGUGGCUGAAGCUUCCCAGGAAAACCUUUUGUAAGUGGCUUCAUUUCUUAUUUUUUUAAUUUAAGUUUUAGAUUUUUGUCUGGAGGAAGAACUGGUGAUGAAUGCCUUCUGGUUUUCUUGGUUUGGGGUGGUUUUUUUGUUUUUGUUUUUGUUCAUUUUCCCUAAAAGAAAAAUGCCUUUAAGAGAUUAAAGCUGCUUAAUUAAUUGCUGUCAGAUUACAAAGUGACAAACUGACUAAGAUGGGAAGCUGCCACUGUGCUUGACUGGUGAAACUGAUGACCGAAGGCUGUGCUGUUCGCCCUUUCUGUUCCAUUUAACAGACAUUCCUGAGCUUCGAACUUGUGCCAAUCCUGUACUGGGUCGUGGAGAUACAGGAUGGAAAGGACAGUCCCUGCUCUUGAGGAGCUCAGUCUCUAAUGGAAUGUAUUUGAAUGUCUGUGUGGCUGGAGUUCUGCUUCUUCAUAGUGACCAUCUUGGAUGGCCCCAUUUAAGAUACUGUCCAGCAUCUGGCAGGCUGCGUUGAACAUUUUAGACCUCUCCCAUCAGUAUUUCUGAAUUUGAUUGCAGCACUGCUUUCCAUUUCCUAAGUAAUUUUACCAGAGGAGAAUGAAUUUUCUCCUCCAGUGACACAGGACAAUAAUCUCUUCAGGAGAGCUUUUACAUCAGCGCCAGGAAGUGAGGCAGGGUGUGGAUCAUUGACAUGGUCAGAGGAGGCCCACAUCCCAACUCCCUGACCUCCUCACCUCUUUCGCAACCAGACCUCUCACCACAGCUGGUAGCAACUUUGGAUUCCUUUUCCUUUUUUCUGCCUGGCUUUUCACUGAGAUGGAAAACCAGCAGGAGAGGAAAGAAAGAAAAAUUGAAGGCUGGAUUAUAAUCAUAAAAUGCUAUAGCUCGAAAGAGCAUGGAAAUCAUUCAGAUCAAAUUUUUCCCACCUGCUGCCCAUUUUUUUCUAAGAAAUAAGGAACGUGAGGUCCAGUGUCCUGUGCCCUAUUUUAUACUGUAGUUUCCUAGGAUCUAAAUAGUCCGUUUAAAUUACACACACACACACACACACACACACACAAUUUGCUAAUGAGGACACCCAAAUGAUACAGGAGGCUUUUUGUUUUAAUAGCUUUUUCUUUCAAAUUUUUUGUUAGAAUUAAAAUAUACUUAUAUCCCCUGAACACACACCCAAAUAGGGAAAACCCCACAAUGUGACUAAUGUGAAUAUGGAGUCUUGGGAAGUGAUAUAUUUUUUUGAUUGGAAUAGUCAUCAUUUUAACCACAAAGGGUUAAAACCCAGCCAGCUCUUCAUUUUUCUUUGAAAAAUCAAGAACUCCUUAGGGACUUAAAUCUUUCUCAGCCAGCCUUUUCCCCAUCAACCUAUAGAGUGGUCUUUUGGCCUGGUUUUUAGAAGUAAGCAUAGUUGCUUAUAAAUUCUUGUGAAUCAGUGACACAGGUAUUUUUUUCGGGGGGGGGGUCGAGAUUCUAGGGAAAGCUGCUGCUGAAUAGCUUUUCCUCCAAAGACGAUACAGAAAAUGCAUCUUUCACAUAAUUGUUAUCCACUGUAACUUUCUGAAAAAGAUUGUUCUACAGAGAAAAGAGACAUAAGCAGAAGUCACGACCAGCUUAGAGACUGGUUAAAUUGAAGAAAAAGUGCCAAGACUGAAUGUGCACAUUGUUCUAUGUAUGAUCAGUAUUUUUAUUCUUCCUAAGAAAAAUAUUUACACACUUCGCUUUGUGAGUAAGUGCUUCCUUACUGUCUUGUUAAUAAGGGUGGCAGGCUCCCUCUCUGCCUUUUCUGGGGUCUUCUAUCAACUAGUUGGACAAAGCUGACCUAAGGCCAGGCUUAUUCGUCUUCUUCCCUCUCACGUAAUCGGUAAAAACAGGCAAUGCGCUCCUCAAAGAUCAAGCUUUUAGAGCUGAAGAGUAGCUGUUUGGGCCCUGGGUCUGGAGGGCAGCGGUCAGAGUCUCCCUGGGUGGCCCUGUGCCCUCCACUCCAACUAUGCCACCAAUGGGAGCAGGGCCUCUCCCUCCGUCGGUGGGUCCAGCCCUUCGCCUGCAGCAGAACACUUAAACUCCUGAGGAGAGAAUGGAGAACUACUCGAGGGAAAAAAUUAUCUUAAAUGCCACCUAAUGGUUUUGUUUUUGUUGUUUCUCCUGAUGAGCUGUUUACUCUCAAUUUCUACACACACAGUUGUCCUUAGGACCUUUCCUCUUCUCACCUAGAAACAGAAAAUGGGAUGUAUAUUGGUUUCCAACCUGCUGUCUACAUUAGAAUUGGAGACGGGGCCUGGAUCCUUGUGGACUGCCUCCUCUCCAACUCAUCACCAACAGCAUCUUGACAAAGACAGACCCAGAACAGGGCAGGCCCUGUCAGGGAUGCUUCUGCCAACAAAGAAAUGGCACAGAAUCAAAUGGGACGAUGUGUUGUUUGUUUAAACAGUACCAGAGUGCGUUCUUCAGUGUGUGUUUGCCUGCUUGAGGAGAGGCCCAAGUUGAACACAAAGCAAACUCAUGAAAGUGAAUAUUCUGUUUCUAGUCAAAGUCUUAACCUCUAGAGCGCAAUCACAGGCAAAUCUGGGCUGAGACUAGGUGUGUUUGACUUUUGGAGCGGUCUUUGCUCUGGGAGAUGCCCCACUUUGGAAUGUCUUGUUUUGGCAUUCAGAAUGGUGGGAGAAAUUAGGAGGCGAGAUGGGGUUUCCAUGGUGUGCUGUGUCUGAGGUCUAAGUUAAGAAUGGUCUAUUCAACCAUUCUGACUCCUAAUGAAGGCACAAGAGUCUGAGAAAAGAACGAAUGUACAGGAUGAGACUAUCCUUGCAUAUUGGGGCUAUACUGAAAACAUCUGAUUUUGGCUUUGGAAGCACUGCUCAAGAAUUCAUCAAAAUCCCUUUGGUGUCCGUUUCUCAUCAAACACAGAACAAAUGUAUCGCUGUCCCAUCUAAAUGUGUAAAAACAAUUUGAAGGACUGAUGCAAGACAUGCCGUACGUGGUAAACCAGCACUUAAGGGACCUUUGAAAUCUGGCCCAAGACUCUUCCAAAAGACUGUCUUUAAAAUGAUUUGCAAGAAACAAGGCAGCUGCUUAGAGGUAUAUGAACAGAAUAUGAUUGUUCUUUGGCCUCUAAGGUAACAGAAAAUGUCCGCCAUGUUGCACUCAUGGAUUCCGAUAGCCUGGUGUGGUGAAGGGGGUGCCCUCAUUUACAGGUGGGAAACUCUGGCCCUAACAUAGCCUGGAAGUUGAGUCCUCUGACUGCAAAGCCAUUGAUUGCUUUUCCUGUUGCCCUAGCUCAGUCACCUCAGGGUGCUGCCAUCCUCCCACUCUGGUCUUGGCUAACUCUUAAGGUUCCAGUUGCUUUCUGGGUUGGAUCUUCUGGACUGGGCCUGCCAGGGAUACAGAGACCAGAAUCUUCCCUCUGCACCCACCAUAGGGGUGGGAGGUAUCCUGCAGCAGCAAGCAUCAUGAGACACAGUUUGCAUCUAAAUCAGUUCUCAGUUCCCUCUCCUGCGGCCAUAUCCAGCUCCCAGGGACUUACUGGCAUCUUGGAUAAGUGGCUAGGAGAACAGGAUGGCCCUACCUAGUUUUGGAGAAUUAGUGGUGGGAGAAAUCAUUUCUUCUGGUUUGCUCACUAGAAGGUUGGAGAAAGCUCAGAAGAGUGUGGCAGCCAGCUUCCCAUCUGCUUAUGAAGAAGGGAAGGGAGUGCUGGGUGAAAGCAGCCCAGGGGGUCGAGGCCUCUAGUGGCAGAUGUGCUGGGAAGAGUGUGCCCGCAGCAGGGAGGGCAGAUGCCGCCCAAAAGGCUUUCCUGAUUAGUUAUGAAUUCAUGUUCAUUUGACAAUUCUAGUCAGAGGCUUUACUCAUUGAGAUGAGGACUAGUUCGUGUCUCUUCAAAAAAGGACAAAACUCAGGAAACCAAGCAACUGAAAUCUGCUCACACAAGAGCCCUCAAAGUGUGCUUUUAACACCAGAAGGACCCACAGAGAUUGCAAACCGCAUUGUCGCUGUGGGUAAGGUUAAAUGACCUGCCCUUUAUCAUAUAGCAAAUAAGAAGGUUAAAAAUCAAACCCUGGUAAUGUGAUUAAGUCCAGAUCACUCCGGAAAUAGAAAAGAAUGGACACAAUUGGAAAAUGCUUGUAUGGCUUCCAGAGAUGCAGCAAUUCGCCUGCGCGGGAGGGCGGAUGGGUAGACGGUGUGAGACCCUGCCUCGCAUACUUCAAACAGGCACUAGGAGAGGAACUAAUUUAUUCAGAUGCUAUCUUAUGUGGAAUAACUGAGAAAGUUAAAUAGCGUUUGGCCCGGAUAGGUGUCACCUCUCUGGGAUGUUCUUACGUUGGUGGAGGGCUCUGGCCUGGCCUGGCGGAGGGAGCCAAUACACUCCUGAGCAAACAGCAGUGCUAGGUGUACCGAGGGACUUAGGCAGACAGCCCCAGCCCAGUGGCUAGAACUGCCUGGUAGCUUUACCAACAAAGGACGGGACAGCCUUUGGAGGGAGUGAGUUCCCUGUCACCAGGGGUGCAAGCAGGAGCUGAACGAUCGGUUAGGGAGACAGCAAGAGGCUUCCGGUCUCGAAGCUGGGCUAGGAUGUUCCCAGGAGCCUUUCAGGCCAGAGAGCCUAUGGUUGGUAAGUGUUUCUGGCUAGAAAGUGCAAUCCAGUUCUCUAGGCCUAGAGCCCAGCAUGGCUUACAGGGUCACUGUUGGGGCGGAUUCUCCUUCCUAAUGUUAGGGAAAAGGUGGUUUGGGGACCCAGGAGAUCCAAGUGGUGAGUCAGCAACACACCCUGCCUGCAAGUGUCACUGCCACAUAAGCCUGUACCACGUGUACCCGUCCGGGUGCCUGUGUCACUGUGAUGUAACUGACACUGUAACUACAUGUGCGGCCGUGUGGCUGUGUGUGUGACUUGUGGGAAUGCAGAUGUGUGCAUCUGGUAUGACCGCAGCUGGCUGUAAAUAGGACACUGGCCACAUGUGGCAGACUGCGUGGCCAAGUAGGAGAAUGAGCAGUUAUUUCUAUGCCCUAAUAGCCUCACACUCGCAAUAAGCAGACACGCCACCAGGCUUCUGUCAGACCCAUGGCUGCAAGGCAAGAUUCUAGCUCAAAGAUCACCUUAAUGGCAACUGAAGUUGGAGGAGUUUGUGCCUUGCUGAGGAUCCUUAAUCCUUGUGCCACUGACUCCUGGGCCCUGGGAACUGCAUGCCUGCCGCCCAGGUCUGAAUGCUAGAUACCCCCAGGAGAGUAGCCUUAGGAGCAGAGGGAGACCAUUCCCAAAUGUGCAUCUCUGGAAUUCAGUCCAAGUGGCCUUCUCUAGAUCCAUCUCUAUAGCAGGUGCUGUUUCUUGGACAGUCACAAAAUGGGGCAACCCGACAGGCUACCUUGGCCAGAACCAGAGCCCAGGCUAAUCUUGUACAGCCCCAGGAUCCGUUCCUGAGCCGCAGUGUUUGUUUGCAUAUGGACCUCAGCUGGUAUCCCGGAUCAGAGGACCUUAGGAAACCAUGCAAGCCCUCCCCUCAGCCUGUCACGACUUUGUGGCCAUCGCCAUCUGAUAAGGAAAUUCCUGAUCCUCUCUCCUCCCUCCUCUCCAUUUGCCCUCAUCAUGGGAAAAGCUGCCCAACAAAAUAAAGCCUCCUUUCUGGGGCCUGGAGGACUCAGUUUUGCCCCCUAC